AUGUCAAAAGCACAUGCUUCUCACGACAUAUUACUCACAUCAAGUCAAGUAGAUGCGUCAAGUAUUGAUCAAGACCAGAAACUUCUUGAGAUGUUAAGCUCAACUGUCGUUUGUUUACAAGAAAAGAAAAUGCAUGUUGAAGCUCUUGGAUGUUUGGAGCAAAGUCUUUGGCUGAAACGACGGAUGUUUGGAGUCGAGAGUUCUGCAGUCCACACGACCUUAAACGAUGUGAUACUUCGUUUUAAUUCCCUUGCAAUGGAAUUACUUGCUACCGAACAGUAUGCAGAUUGUAUAACUAUGUUACGAAAAGCUGAAGCGAUUAUUGCACCGGGAAAUUUCGUGCGUUGUCAAGCUCUCCAGAUUUUGACAUUUAAUAAUUUAGGAUGUUGUUAUCGCAAGCUAGGGAAUUUACGAUCUGCAUUAAAAUAUCUUCAAGAAGCUGCACGAAUUGGUGCUCACACUAUUCAUGUGAAGAAUCUAUCGAUUACACAUUUAAAUCUUUGUGCAAUUCAAUCGCAAUUGAAUCGACAUGAUCUUGCGCUAGAACAUGCACAAGCAGCACUUUUCCAUUCUCAAGAAGAAUUAGUACAAUUGAAAGAAAAACGUCUCGAUCCUUGUUAUGUUCUCGAUGAACGCACACAAGAAGAAAAAAUUAUUUGUUUAGCUGUAGCAUAUCACAAUUUGGCCGUCGAGCUUGAGUUUAAUCAGCGAGGUGAUGCGAGUUUGCAAUGGUAUAAGAAAGCUUUGCAAUUGGUGUGGAAAUAUCGUGCUACGAAUGAAAGUUUAUAUGCUUCGUUUCGACAAAUAUUUCGAGAUGCGAAGAUGAAACAAGAGACUGCAAAUAUUCGAAAUAAUGGCAUUCCUGAAUCAGCGUUUGCAGUACGAAAUACAAGUCGAAGUCGUCCACAGUCUGCACAUGCAGCUGUAAAAAGUAAGAAAGAUGGAAGUGUACGAGAUGUGUCGUAUAGCUCGACAGUUGCGUCGCAAUGCUACAAAUCGACAAGAUUAUCAACUUCUGCGUUUCGAUCUGGAUCAACUCAGAAAAAACGACCACAUUUCAAUCAAAAGCGGCCUAAUUCUGCGAGCUCUACAACUUAUGGAAAUAAAUACACAACGCCAGAGACUUUAAGUGGCAAUACACUUGAAUCGCAUUGGGAUAAAUUGGAACGAGAGCAUCAUUUGAAAGAUACUCCACCGAAAAUGGAGAAAACUCGUCGCGUACAAAGUGCAAGUACAUUAAAACGACGACAUCAGACACAACAAAAGCAAACGUAUCGAGAAGGACAGUUGUUUAUGUCUACGAAAGAUUCGGAUAUGAUUGAUAAUGAUUCGGAUCUGAUCGAUGCAUGUAGCGAUAGUGAAACAGCUGAAAGUUUGACCUUAAGCUUUGAAAGCAACGAACAAGAGCAAGAAUUCAAUCCACGAUCACGAAAGCGUCCGAGUAGCGCGAUUGGAGGAAGAUAUCGUGGAGUUAAAACUGUGGAUGGAUCUUUGAAUGAAUGUUUAUCUCAUGCAAUUGACGGUGAGAACGAGGCUGUUGAUUUGGACUUACCAGCCCAACGUGUUCGUCAUUUGGAAUAUGUUCGUCGUAUGAAAAAACUUGCUGACAGUAUCAAAGACGAUCUUCAUGGGGUGGGUGCUCCAGUUGAAAAUAUGAAUCUAUCAGUACAUGGCCAGGAAUCGAGCACUUGUGAAGCUGAUUCAAAAGUUUCUACUCCACGAAGCGCGACCUCAAAACUUCGAGAUGAAAUCAAAAACGCGAGAUGUGAUUCAACUGAUCAAGUUGAGAUACUGACUCGACCAAUAGAUGAGGGACUUGCGCUAUUCGAUGAUAGUGAAGUUUGUCGAUCCGAGUGUGCUGCUGAGUUGAAACUCAGCCGUGAAGCUGUAGUGUGUCGACUUCAGGCUUUAUUUCGUGGUCGACGUAGUCGUGCUGAAGUGAAACAACUUCAGCAGGUCAAGAUUCGUAAUGACGCGACGAUUAGAAUCCAACGACAAGUGCGACGGCACUUGAAAGAACAAGCGGAAGCACGUAGACUAGACAACGAGAAGGUUCAACUAGAGCUUCAAAGACUUGAAGUGGAGGACAUGGCUGCUUGUCUUCUCCAGCGAUUAUGGCGAAGAGGUCAAAGUCGAAAAGAAAUAAUUUCAGACACUCAUAUCAGCUUGGCUUCUCAACAAAAAGAUCUUAAAGAAGUUGACGUGUCGACAAUUGAGACUGAACACUACAACGACGACUGGGAAAGCCCACGACUUACGACUCCAAAUGACUUAACGUCAAGUCGAGAAUUAAUUGAAGAACGUCAAAAUGCUGCAAUUCGUAUCCAAGCGUUUAGCAAGAGUGCAUUCGUUCGUAUUCGUUUAGCACUGGAACACGCGAGACUUCUAAGUCGAAUGUACAUUGAACGACAGCAUUUUAGCGUCACACUAACUCAGGCAAUGGCCUUAGAGCACGAGUUUCUUUAUAAUCUCAGCGUGAUUAAAAUACAAGCUCUUGUCCGUGGUCAUCAAAGUCGUCUCAUCUUUGAAUGCUAUAAGGCUGGAGUUCAUACCGCAGCAGUGACAGUGCAACGAGCAUUUCGAAUUUACCAUCAACGUACGCUUCAAGCACAAUACGUUGGUGUACGCAGUAUUGCUGCUCGUACCAUUCAAGAUUCAUUUCGUGAUUACAAAGCUCGAAAAAUGGCUAGACAUCAAACUACAGUGAACAAGGAACUUUUGAAUGUCUACCAUAUUGCAGCAGAUAGUAUUCAAAAGUUUUGGAAACGACAUGUUCUCGCAUUAAAUUACAAUGUUCAAAAGGUCGAAGCUGCUACGUGUAUUCAAGCUCUUAUUCGUGGUCAUCUCUCUCGAAAGUCGCAGUAUAUGUUGCCACUUUGA